AGUCAGUUUAUCUGUUGCGUUUCGUGUGCAACAAGAGAGGCAGUGUGUGAAGAGAUGAGAGGAGAGAGGAUAUGGACUAGAGGCUGAAAGCGGGAGCAAGAAGACCGAACAGAGACGUUGACUGUUUGAAAACUGUGAAGUGGAAACAAGCAGGAAAAGAGAGGAGGGAUGUAGAGGAAAACCUACAGGAAGAGAAGGAAACAGAAAUAGGGAAAGUGAGAGUGAAAAGGAGACGCUCGUGCAGGAGAACAAACAGAAUGGAAGCGAUGUGCUCAUCCUGCUCUCCUGCUGGGACUCAGUGAGACAGAGGAUUAGACAAGCCUUCAGAGACUGAUCUCUGUGGAGGAGAGAAGAGCAGGGAGGUACACCACAUAACCGGAUGACUCUGAGCUGACAGUGAAUACCUUUGAGGAAAAAAACAAGACCAUAAACCUGACACUGAGGUAAAUUCCCCCGUUACCCUGGUCUGUAGCCGAGCACCGAGUCAAGGGGCCACAUCCAUGGAGGCGCAGACUGCCAAGUCAUUUGGUCUGACUUGCCCCAGCCGUCCUUUCAGCCCCUGUCUCUCAGGAGAUGGAGUGAUCUGGUGAGUCCAGCCGUGGGUCUCAGUCCUUGGACAACAUGCCAGUGAUGAAAGGCCUCUUGGCCCCGCAAAACACCUUCCUGGAAACCAUCGCCAACCACUUUGAUGGCACCCACAGCAACUUCCUGCUGGGGAAUGCUCAGGGUAGUCACGGUUACCGUAUUGUGUACUGCUCGGAUGGCUUCUGCGAGCUGACCGGGUUCAUGCGCACCGAGGUGAUGCAGAAGACGUGCGCCUGUCGGUUCCUUCACGGGGCUGAGACCAGCGAUAGGGUGAUCCAGCAGAUGGACAAGGCCCUGGAAGGGCAGCAGGAGUACCAGGGAGAGGUGCGCUUCUACAGGAAGAACGGAAAUCCAUUCUGGUGCCUUCUUGACAUUGUGCCAAUCAAGAACGAGAAGGGUGAGGUGGUUCUCUUUCUGUUCUCCUUCAAAGAUGUCACUGAGUCAUAUGGAAAAAGCCACUAUCACAGCAGCAGGAGAGAGGGGGAGGCCACAGGCAUCUCAGAGGAUUCACACCCAAGCAGAAAACACAGACGUUCACACCUUGCCCAAGUCAGAGAGAGGGUCAGAACUGUCCUAUCCCACCUCACCACCCAGUUCUCCAAGAGGGGACAGGGGAAGCUGCCCAAUAGUGUUUUCCAGAAGCCGUCCCUGCCAGAGUACAAGGUGGCGGCGGUGCAGAAGUCCCGCUUCAUUCUGCUCCACUACAGCGUGUCUAAGGCCAUGUGGGAUUGGCUGAUCUUACUGGCCACGUUCUACGUGGCUGUCACCGUGCCCUUCAAUGUCUGCUUCGUCAGUCACCACGAUGACAGCGAUCGUGACUCCCGCAGCACCAUCGUCAGUGACAUCGCCGUGGAAAUGCUCUUCCUUCUGGAUAUCAUUCUGAACUUUCGAACCACGUAUGUGAGUCUGUCGGGUCAGGUGGUCUAUGAUGCCCGUUCCAUCUACCUCCAUUACUGUGGAACCUGGUUCUUUGUUGAUCUGAUCGCUGCUCUUCCCUUCGACCUCCUCUAUGCCUUCAACAUCACUGUGACGUCUCUGGUCCACCUCCUCAAGACGGUCCGCCUGUUACGCCUGCUGCGCCUGCUACAGAAGCUGGAUCGCUACUCGCAGUACAGCGCCGUGGUUCUGACCCUGCUCAUGUCCGUGUUCGCCCUGUUGGCUCACUGGAUGGCCUGCGUCUGGUACGUCAUCGGCCGCAGGGAGAUAGAGAGCAGCGACCCUGUCACCUGGGACAUAGGCUGGCUGCAGGAGCUGGGGAAGCGUCUGGAGACUCCGUACAUUAACAGCACGAUAGGUGGCCCCUCCAUGCCCAGCGCGUACAUCGCCUCCCUCUACUUCACCCUCAGCAGCCUCACCAGUGUGGGCUUUGGCAAUGUGUGUGCCAACACAGAUGCAGAGAAGAUCUUCUCCAUCUGCAUCAUGCUAAUGGGGGCCCUGAUGCACGCUGUGGUCUUUGGCAACGUGACGGCCAUCAUCCAGCGCAUGUACUCCCGCCGCUCGUUAUAUCACACGCGAAUGAAGGACCUCAAGGACUUCAUACGUGUGCACCGUCUCCCCCAGCUGCUGAAACAAAGGAUGUUGGAGUACUUUCAGACCACCUGGUCCGUGAACAAUGGCAUCAACGCCAACGAGCUGCUACAUGACUUUCCGGAUGAACUGCGUGCGGACAUCGCCAUGCACCUGAACAAGGACAUACUGCAGCUGCCAGUGUUUGAGCGGGCCAGUAGGGGGUGUCUGCGCUCCCUGUCCCUGCACAUCAAGACCUCAUUCUGCGCCCCGGGGGAGUACCUCAUCCGCCAUGGAGACGCGCUGCAGGCUAACUAUUUCGUCUGCUCUGGGUCUCUGGAGGUGCUUAAGGACGACCUGGUUCUUGCUAUCCUGGGCAAGGGGGAUCUGAUCGGGGCAGACCUGCCCGGGCAGGACCAGGUGAUCAAAACCAAUGCGGACGUGAAGGCUCUGACCUACUGUGAUCUGCAGCACAUCAGCGUCCGAGCCCUCAGAGAGGUCCUGUCCCUCUACCCAGAGUACGGUAGUCGUUUUAGCGAUGACAUCCACCACAACCUCACCUACAACCUCAGAGAAGGCAGCGAGGCGGAGGCUCUGACGAGGUUCUCGCGGUCCCCAAGGCUGUCACAGGAGCACGUGGAUACGGGGCCCAAGCAUCCCUUCAUCGUAGAGGCAGAAGAUGCGGGGUCUGGUGAGGACAUCAGCCCCUGUUCCAGCGGGGCCUCCCGCCCAGGACGUCUGCCCCUGCUGCAUGGCCUCAGCAACCCCCUUGGGGAGGAGCUUCGACAUGCCAGUGCACACCGUCUCUGCCGCUCCCCGGUCCAGGGCUGCAGAAGCCGUAGCCCCUCCCCUCAGCUGCUGUCCAAUGAGGAGGUUCCUCCCGCCCCAGUGCCGAUGGUGGUCACAGACCACAGCUCAUGUUAUAGGCCAGCCAAGCUGCUCAUUCCUUCUGUGCAUUGUGUCAGCCCCUUGGACCUCAGCCCCAGGGUUGUGGAUGGCAUUGAGGAUAACAAGCACACAUUUCACUUCAAUGUGGAACAAGGCGAGGCAAAAACAGUUAACAAAGACCUAUUCCAGGUGAACACCAACUUACUUCUUGAGACUGAAGAGGUGAGGCAGAACAUGGGCCUGCUGAACAAGGAGAUGAGUGCCCUAAACCAGGAAGUGUCCAACCUGACCAAGGAGCUACAUGAGAUGAUGCGUUUCCUGCAGGCCCAUGUGACUUUGUUUCACCACCCCUCCACUGUCUCCACCUAUCCAUACGGCAUGCAGAUGGUCCACAAUCCCAGCGGUGAGAUGAAUGUUUCCAGUAACUGGCAGACCCAAGUGCCUUUCAGCGUGCCGACUGGACCUCACUCUUCUCACCUCCACCAUGACCCCCUGAGCCACCCUGCCAGGAACAUGUGGAUCUACAGCGGGGUUCCCCCCGAGGGUACACAUCUCACCAGUGGUCAGAAGGUGGAGGUGGAGCACCUUCACCGGCUGCCUGAUCCCAGGUCAUCCUGUUUACAUCCGUGCUGCUCAGACAGAGGUAGAACUACCGGUCAGGGACUAGAAGCCCGAUGUAUGCCUUUCCAGACCUCCAGAACUACACCCAACUCUCCCUUCAUGGCCCAGUGCCGGACCGGGCAGUCCCUUCUGGGACUCAGUUCAGAUGUCCCAAUAGUCCCAGGUGUCGUUCCUGGGCAGGUUGGCCCCCAAGCCAUCCCAGCCAUCAGUAGUUCUAGUUCCCUAGGUUCUUCAGGCAUCCUCAGCCAGUCUCACCCCUCCUUGAGCAUCCAGGUCAGCUCUGACCUCAGCCACUCUCUGUGCAGCUCUCCAACUCCCAUUCACGCCUCACUGACUCUCACAGGCCAACCACAGCUCCACACCACCUUCAGUUCUCGCUCUGGGGCCUACAUGUCUGUCAGCCCAACAGACAACCAGACACACCACCAGAUCACCCAGGGGCAGAGGUCUCACAACAGAGCUAGGCAGAAUGACCUGGUGGGCUCUAGUCCUGUCCACACAUUGGACCCAGCCCUUCCUUUGGUGGGGCCAUUAAUCAGGUCAGGUCCAGACUGCAGAGGGUUAAAGACUGAGUACCCACAGGACAAGGAGAUAGCUGAGAGAAUGCAGAGUGAAGCUGAGCUGGCAGAGAUCCAGUCCCAGGGGAUGAACAUCAGCACACAGCAGGGCCUGGACGUGGAGCCUCUCUGGGGCUUGGAAGUGACACGUUAGCAGCUGUCUUGUCCUAAAAAACCAAACCUGGGCAACAAAUGACAGACUUUUUGGCCAUGAUGAGAAAUUAUUUCACUGCCUACAUCACUGCUUAAAAAGAAAAAUACAAUAGAUAAAGAUCACAGUCCCCCCCCCCCCCCCAAUUUUGCAUUAACUACUGUACCUUCACUAAAAACAUUUUGCAUCAAUGGUUUCAAAACACAAAAUUCGACCAUGACUACCUUUUGAUUUGUAUAGAGAGUUCUCUGUCUGAAGAGAGGACCCACUGCAUAUUUUAUUUCUUCCCUGAUCAAAGUUGACAAAAUAAAUAGCCAUUGAAAACUGACCCUUGUUAGUCACUGUCACCUAGGGUUGCAUUAACAAGUCCAGCAACUGUCUGGAGCCCACAGAGACCAAACAAAUGACAAGGAAUAUUGUUGCCGCUUGAUAAUGCCAAGCGCUUCAAGUAAACUGUCAUUUUUGGAUAAGUCUCUUGUGUUUACAAUAUUAUAAAUAACACUACAAAUCACAGUACACCUGGAACGGUCGGUCAUGGCCUUGCUGUGCCAGUCAUUGCAGUUCUGUGUGUUCUGGUUCUAGUUUAAAUUUUUCUAUGUUCAGUCUCUUUAAUGUACUGCUUUCACCUGUAUCUCGUUAACCCCUUGUUUAGUCCCUGUGUGAGUUCCCCCUGCCCUUGUGUUUCUUGUUGCUCAUUGUUUUGUCUCUAUGGCUGUGUGGUUUUUUUUUUGUGAGUCUUUGGAUUAAACCACGUUUGCUAAUGAAACCUCUGCAUCUGUGUCCUGCGUCCAUGCCACACCCUGACAACACCACAUUGCCACUGAAUGUACUACGUUUGAUGUCUUUUUUCACUGUAUGUACAGUAUUGAUAUGGACCAGAGAUUGAGGAAAAACUGAAUUAGUUUACAAAAAGAAUCAGACAGCUCUCAUUUAUCGUUUCCUGUGAACUGAAAGUCGUUACUGAAAGAGGGUUUCUUUACUCAUUCUAAAAUGAGAUCUGACAGUCAGAGAAAAAGCAAAUCCCACCCCUUUGCCUCAUUAUAUUGUGUUUACAUGGAAAGUAUCAUCACAUAAUGAGCAUUAUUCUGACGUGGUUUUAUGUGAUUUAAUUGCCUGUGAACACAAGGGGGAUAUCUGGAUAUUACAGCAUGCAGUCAACAUCUGUGCUCAUUAUUUUAGUAAAAACUGUCUGGCUAGACUGCCAAAGAGGACCUAUGGUCAUUUGAGUUUUUCCCUCUGUCUUCUUCUGCAAUAUAUGCCCUUCAGGACAUACUGUAGCUCUCUCUGCAUAUCUUCAUGCUCUUGUAGCUUGACUCUUUUUCUGGCUUUUUCUAUGCUGUGUACUUUACUGAUACUUGUUCAUAACUGACACUGAAAAAAGACUUGCAGUGUACACUGUCAGCACAGCAGCUAAGAAAGCUUACAGAUUAGUUUGCUUUGUACACACGUGCCAGUGUGAAUAGUUGUAUACCUAUUUUGAUUGUGAUUUGAAAAAAUAAAACGAUUUAAUAAACAGAAUAUCAUCAACGUCA